UUACAGCCUGUUCACUUCAGGAAGCCGAGCUGGCCUGGAUUCCCACCAUGGCCUGUGCCCUUCUUCUUGUUCUGCUCGCAUACAGCUCAGGGGUCCAGUCGCAGCCUGUGGUGACUCAGGAGCCUUCGGAGGCUUCGGUGUCCCCAGGAGGGACUGUCACUCUGUCCUGCAGUGUGAGCACUGGAGCCAUCACCACUGGCAACUAUCCCUCCUGGUACCAGCAGAAACCUGGCUCUCCUCCUCAGCUGCUUAUUUAUGAAACUAAUAAGAGACCCUCCGGGGUCCCCACCCGGUUCUCCGGGUCCAUCUCUGGUCAGAAGGCCGCCUAAACCAUCACCGGGGCCCAAGCUGAGGACGAGGCCGACUACUACUGUUUUGUGUAUACUGGCAGCAACAAUGCAUGUUCCACCUACCAGUUCACUUUGACUCAGCCAUCCAGCGUGUCACUGGCUCUAAUACAAACUGUCAAACUGGCACGUGUUACAAGCAGUGGAAGCAGCAUCGCUGAUCAUAUCGUACGCUGGUACCAGCAGAAGCCGGGGGAGAAGCCAAGAUACCUGCUGUAUCACAGGGAUGAGUCUACAAAUCACAAAGGCUCUGGGGUCCCCGAUUGGUUCGCAGCUUCUAAAAACUCUUCCAUGAACACCUGCUUCUUAAUCAUUGCCCCGGUUCAAACAGAGGAUGAGGCUGAGUACUAUUGCUCUGGCUGGGAUGAUUUCUCUAAGCAAUUCAGAGUAGAAGAGCUGCACGAAGUGGAGGAACAAAAACUCAUCCUCACCCUGGCUGCCAGUCCCUGGAGCCCACCUGCACUGCUCCUGUCAUGGGCCGUGAGCUGGUCAUGCCUUCUGCCAGCUGUGUUAGUGUGA